GAACGCGUCUCAGGUUCUACCAAUUAUCUCCACAAUUUUCCACAUUCUAUUGCAAGAACGCGACUGCCUCCAAAUUUUUUGUCUUGAUGGCCCCAAAACGAAAAUCGCUAGCUGAUGACUCAGACGAGGAGGAACAAUCUCUUGCUACAUCCUCGAAGCCGAACUCCAAGGCUCCCAAGAAAACCAAAGUGGACCUGGAAGAGACAACAUCCAAGCCGCCCACCGCAAAGAAACCCAAGUAUCCCAAUCCUGAUUCGACCCCUGAAAGAGACCAUGACGUGUUGAUUCAGACUUCUCCGGAUGGCAGCAAAUUCAUAGAACUGGGCAAGACCAAACGCGUCACAGUUCGGGAAUUCAAGGGUUCCACAUUCAUCGACAUUCGGGAAUUCUACGUUGAGAAGGGCAGUGGGGACAUGAAACCAGGAAAGAAAGGGAUAUCACUCACGGUGGAUCAGGCGAGUGCUCUCUGCAAGAUUGGUGCCUUCGCGCGCUCACCGCACGCACUCACCAGUGGCAACAACUGA